AUGUUUAAUUCCCCAUUUAAGGCUUGGUUAAAAGAAAAAUUGCCUUUAAAUGUCUACAGUGACGAAACAUCCAAACUUUUUGAUUCAGCAUUGAGACAAUUAAUUUCUUGGUACGAAUGUGAACAAAUUGGAGGUCUUUUAGGCACUAUAGAGAAAAUGAAUAAAUCGGAACCUGAUUUUUUAUUAGGCAAAACAUUAAAGCUUGGAUUGGAUACUUUAAGUAGUGGACGAUCUAAACGUUCUGAUCCUACUUUUGAACAAGAAUUGGCAGAUUUAGUUAAGGAUGCUAAUUUAAGGGGGAAUGGAAGGGAGAGAAAACAUGCUUAUGCUGUUCAACUUUUUGCUGAAAGUGAAAUGCACAGAGCAUGUAAUGAAUGGGAAGAUAUACUUGUAGAAUACCCCAAUGAUUUAAUGGCACUUAAAUUUGCCCAUACUGGAUAUUUUUACAUUGGAGAGCAUUUGGCUAUGAAAGACAGUAUUGCGAGAGUAAUUGAUAAAUGGGAUAAAGAGAGAUAUCCAGGUUAUAGUUAUCUACACGGGAUGUAUGCUUAUGGAUUGGAAGAAUCCGGGGAAUAUAUCGAAGCAGAAAAACAAGCAAAAAUAGGCCUACAAUUACAACGUCAAGAUUGCUGGUCUACCCAUGCUAUAGCUCACUGUAGGGAAAUGGCUAGCGAUUUCAAAAAUGGAAUUAAUUUUUUGGAAUCCACAGAGAAUGAUUGGAGUCAGUGUAAGCUGCUCCAUGGGCAUAAUUACUGGUAA